AGGGAAGGAGAAUGUUAAAUUGAAUUCAUUGGUAGAGGGAUUGGUCAUCAGCUGUGAAAAGAAAAAAACACUCCACGUUUUUAGUCUCUAGAAAUCAUCAUUUCCAUAACUUUAUUUAUUGAAUUGUUGAUUUAAUUGUAAUUUUAUAUUAUCGGAAAUUUGUGAACCCUACAGAGGAAACUGGAGGAGGUUUUGAAUUGGCGUUCGUCAUCCAUUUCGGAUCUCCCUUGGCGCUCCUUUCACUUCCUAGGGUUUAUCCUCUUCUAGUUACUUCCAAUAUUUUCUUCUCAGCCUACCCAUUUUCCUUUAUUAGUCGCUACUUUUGCUAAUCUCCACUAGAUGCACUUUCCUCCAUCUUCAGCCAUUUACUCGCUCUCUUCUCGAUCUUUUUCACACGGAUACCGGUACUUUUUUCUUCAAUUUAUUCUUGUAUUGCACUCUCUUUAAAUCGCGUGCUACGAUUGAGAGAUACCCAUGAGAUAAUACUGUUGAAAUGUGUUGUUCUCUUUCUGUUGACUGUUAUAAAACUUGGGUAUUCAAGCGAAUUGAAGAAUUGAUGGUGUCAAGCGUUACGAAUGAACAUUAUAUGCUACAUCAUUGAGUUUGACUACCAGGGAUAGCUUCUGAUACUGCUUUAGAAUUGAAUUAGUUUAUCAGUCAAGCUACAAAUCUUAUCCAUAUCGGAUAUAGCUCUCUUUAUCUCAUCUCCUGCAGGUUCUAAGUUGAUUGAGACAUUCUCGGAGUCAAAAGCAUUUGCUAAAAGGGACUAAGAUGCUAACAAGAUCUGUUUUGAGGCUUAAUACUACUACAUGCUCUGAUGUUCAGAAAGCAAUAGCCGCUGGACAACAAAGUGGGCUGUGCUAUAUAAACAGUUUGCUGCUUGGACGAGGGGAAUUGUCAUCGAAGGAUUGCCGGGUGUCUCAUUCCUUGCCAUAUUCCACAUUUUCAAUAUCAAAAGCUUUGAAUUUUUCACCAACAUUCCCGUUCAAUAGAAAAACUAUGGCGGCUUCUAGUGCUAAAUCUGUUUCUAGAGAUGUCUAUCUUGAAAAUUUCGUCACAAACCGUGGAAACGGUUUUGCAACACCUGUGCGAGUGUUCAAUCAUAGAAGUUAUGGGAAUUUCCAGAAAGCUCGUAUGAGUUUGAGAAGGAAACAGGCAUCCAAUAAUUGUCUAAUCUCUAACAGUUCAAUUGAUCUAAUGCGUGUGAAGGGCAACUGCUUUCUACAAGUUGGGGUGACCAAUCUUCAUGCCUUACCUCAUGCAUGCUAUGCUGCAGGGACUGCUAAUUCUCCGGCUUUUGACAGCAAUUCUCGUGAUGAUCAGUUCCCAAACUCGACCACUUUGCCAAGCAAAGGUUUAUUAGGUGAAAGAACUUUGAAGCUGCUUUCAGGAUCAUGCUAUCUUCCCCAUCCUGAUAAAGAAGAGACGGGAGGAGAGGAUGCUCAUUUUAUUUGUGUGGAGGAACAUGUAGUUGGCGUUGCGGAUGGUGUAGGUGGUUGGGCAGAUGUUGGGAUUGAUGCUGGAAAGUUUGCUCGCGAACUUAUGUCAAACUCGAUAAAUGCCAUACAGGAGCAGCCUGGGGAAUCAGUUGACCCUGCCAAGGUGUUAGAGAAAGCUCACUCCGGCACUACGGCUAAAGGUUCUUCAACAGCCUGCAUCAUUUCUCUUUCUGAAAAGGGACUCCAUGCUAUCAAUCUGGGGGAUAGUGGAUUCAUAGUUAUAAGAGAUGGAAGCACUAUUUUCAGAUCCCCCGUUCAGCAACAUGGCUUCAAUUUUACUUAUCAGUUGGAGAGCGGCAAUGGUGGUGAUUUACCCAGCUCUGGAGAGAUUUUUAUGAUACCUGUCGCUCUGGGAGAUGUCAUAGUUGCCGGAACGGAUGGCUUAUUUGACAAUCUAUACAGUAAUGAGAUUUCAGCAGUUGUAGUUAACGCAGUUAGAUCUGGGUUGGAACCCGAAGCAACUGCUCAAAACAUAGCUGCUUUAGCACGCCAAAGAGCACUUGAUAGGAACCGACAAACCCCAUUUUCUGCUGCUGCCCAAGAGGCUGGUUAUCGCUACUACGGUGGUAAGCUGGAUGAUAUCACUGUUGUUGUCUCGUACAUAACAAAUUCCACAAGUACAUGAUUGAGUGCAAUCUCUGUUACUACAAUGGAGCCUGAUUGAAAUGUAUUUCAUUGCAACAUAAUGGUGAUUGUGUGGAUUGACAAUCUUUGGUCCCAGUUUUUCUUCCAUGGAGUGCCGUUGACAAAGCUGAAUGGUUUUUUUAAUUCAAUCAUCGUUCGCAAAUUUACUAAGAUUUCUGUAAACCCCUUUCACUUUGUACUUUAGAAGCAGUCUUUAGGCAGAUGAUAGAUGUUACUUUAGAUUUUUUAGUAAAGAAAUAGCCGGAGCAUACCCCACUGAUUGAUUCAAUCUCUUGACGUUCUUGCUUCUAGUGAAUGAAUUGACUCGAAUAAUACGGUUUUAGAACUGUUAAAUUUGUGACAUAACAAUUUCCUUUACUAUAUUUAUUACUCGUUUUGGUGUUUGAGCACAA